UCUUCAUAAGCAUCAUCAGGCAUCUCUCUCUCUCUCUCACUCUGAGUGAACCAGAACAUAGUAAGUUGAUCAGUGGCAGUGCAAUAAAAACGAGGGGGUGAGUAGAGAUAGCUGUCAUCGGGAAGGAAAGGGUCUCAGACUCUCAGUAGAACUUGCAGAAGCGCACGUUAACCCCGCGUGCAACCUACUGUACAUCUUGACUCUAUUCUCUCUCUCUCUGUCUCUUAUUGCUAUGCAAGAUCUCACACGGAGAGAGGGAGAGUGAAAGGGAGAGAUAUUACUGUAUGUGCACAGGAACAAAAAGAAAGAAAAUACCAUUUCCAAGAGAGUCUCUACCCUUGACAGGCCAGCCACGGAGGAAAAACCUUUAUUUCUCUGACAACGCCCUUUGCUCUCAGGAUUUUCUGUAAACAGACCGAGAGUUUUGGCUUGAAAACCGGGAGUAAUCUUUUGGGAGAUUGUAAUUUUUAUAGACAAGUGUAUGACUGAUCACUGAAAGUGAUGAAUGUGGGUUUUUAGAGAGAGAGAGAGAGAGUAUGGAAGGAGGAGCUAAUAGUAGUGGAACUUCUUGUUUGAUGGGCUUCGAGGGAAACAAAAUAAUGAUGCCUCUAAUGAAUUCUGUUGUAGAGGCAAAUAAUAAGCUGUUUCAUCCUCUACCUUUGAGCGGCAAUUCCUGUGGUCAAAAGACCUCUGCUUUAAUGUCCGAGGAAGAUUAUGGCAAUCGCAUGGAGGCCAACAAUAGUUGUAUGAGGGCUAAGAUUAUGGCUCAUCCUCUCUUCCCUCGCCUCUUGGCCGCUUAUGUCAAUUGUCAAAAGGUUGGGGCACCUCCUGAAGUGGUGGCUAGGUUAGAAGACGCCUAUGCUAAUUUUGAGGCUGCCAUGGGCGGUAGGCCAAGAUCAAAUUGCAUAGGUCGGGAUCCUGGACUGGACCAGUUCAUGGAAGCCUAUUGUGAGAUGCUCACCAAGUACGAGCAAGAACUCUCUAAACCCUUCAAAGAGGCCAUGCUUUUCUUCUCAAGGAUCGAGUGCCAGCUCAAAGCCCUCACAAUUUCUUCGUCAGAUUCCGGCGGUCGAAGUGGAUCUUCUGAGGAAGAGGUUGAUGUGAAUGACAAAGUAAUAGAUCCUCAAGUUGAAGAUCAAGAACUGAAAGUUCAGCUUCUGCGCAAGUACAGUGGAUAUCUGGGAAGUCUCAAGAAAGAAUUUCUGAAAAAGAAAAAAAAUGGAAAGUUGCCAAAGGAAGCUCGGCAGCAGUUGCUGGACUGGUGGAGCAGACAUUACAAGUGGCCAUAUCCAUCGGAGUCCCAGAAGGUGGCACUUGCAGAAUCAACCGGUCUAGAUUUGAAACAGAUAAAUAACUGGUUCAUCAAUCAGAGGAAACGCCAUUGGAAUCCUUCGGAGGAUAUGCAAUUUGUUGUGAUGGAUGCAACUCAUCCCCACUACUAUAUGGACAAUGUUAUGUGCAAUCCCCUUCCAAUGGAUUGCACAGCUAUGCUCCUUUGAUGAUAUUUUUCCUAGCUAUCGCUGUAAUAUUAAUGCAACUUAAUUGUUUUAUCAAACUCCAGUACUUUAUAUUCAAGCGCUUAAAAACUGCCUAAUAUUCCAGUGCAGGUGUCAAAUUUACCUCCAUUCAUAUAUAGGGCCGCCUUGUAGUAGUGGGCAUGCCAGCCUG